AUGGCUUACUCCCCCUCCACCCCCUCCCCCGGCGCCGCCUUCGCCGUCGGGUCCUUCCCAGGAGCAAUCUCCGAGGACAGCGUGUUCCCCAGACCCCCUCCGCCAACGCCUAAAGGCCACAUGCCGCUCCCCUUCAUCGCCGACGCCGAGCUCAAUGCUCUGUUCGACCGCAUGGUCCUCUCCCCGCCGGUUCCAGUCCUCCGCCUAGGCGCCCCCUCUCGCCUCAACAUCCGCUCGUCGGCGACUCCGCUGGUCUCGCUCGACUCCCCUGACUUGGCCUCCCUUCGCGCCGCCGGCGACGUGGGCUACUUCCAUCUCGUCGGCCAUGGCAUCCCUCCCCAGCUGCCAUCCUCUGCACUCGCCGAGCUGUCUCGCGUCGACGCGUCCGCUAUGCGCGCGUCCAUCCUUUCCACGCCCGGGUUCUCCGCGGAGAAUCAGGGAGUGGACGCCGGCGUCGAACCCGUCAUGGUGUUCGACGUCGACGAGCUGGGGAUGGACGCGCUCUCGGCGGCGCUGGAGUACGCGCGGCUGAUGAGGGAGGUGGGUAUGCAGGUGGUGGGGCUUUUCUCUGGGUCUGGUGGGGUGGGUUUCGGGGAGAAUCCGUUCGCGGAGGAGGGGGGAAGGAAGGCGAGGUGCCUGGUGUGGGUCUCCAAGGUCGGCUCGGGCGAGCCGGCGGUGCCUCCGGCCGCCGGCGACGCAAAGGCGUAUCCGUACGUCUUGGGACUCCAUUGCGAGCGGGAGCAGGGAGCCGGUGCGUCGAGCUGGGUGAUGGACGACAGCGGCGAGUGGAGGGCCGUAGGCGCCAGCGAGGGUGCACUCCUGGUCACCAUCGGUGACAUUGCUCAGGUGUGGAGCAAUGGCAAGCUGAAGAAAGUGAGAGGCAUGGCUCGCCCCACUCCUGCCCCCGGCAGCGACGGUGAAGAGGGCGGGGAGCCAGCCCGCCUGUCCAUCACCGUGCUGAUCACACUGCCCCUGGACAGCGUCGUCUCGCCGCUGCUGCCGCUCUCUGGUGCCGGUGAAGACGGCGGCGACGUGGAAGAGGAGGAGAAGGAGGAGGUCUCUGAAGACGGUGGUGAGGAUGGAGGCAGCUUUCGCCCCUUCUCCCUGGAGAGCUACGCGUGGGGGCUGUACCAUGAUCAGCUUGAGUCCAAGGAUCCGCUUGCCCCGUACCGCAUAUGA